GUAUAUACCUAGGUAUAUCUUAAUCGUGGCUCACCAAUUCCGUCUGUUAUCCUUAUCAUGUUUCUCGUUUUGCCGCCAUAACGGCAUGAGCUGAUGUCGACAUUCUUUGGUUCGCUUCUUGAGAUCAUUAUUCAUUGCGAUUACGCGUUUAUGUGAUUAUAAACGGAGUGUACGUUACUACUUUAAGUUAUAAUACGAAUUUCGAAGCGUGUUCAGUCAAAUUUUUGCCAUCAAUUUUGUUAACUCCUAUAAUAAAUUUGAUCGUAGUUUUCUCUUCCCGACAGUUUCCAAAAUGUGGGGCGACGAUGAAGGUGGGUUUAAUGUCACAAUGACACAAAGUCCAGCAACAGCAUCUGGAGCUGAACCAAAACAAAAUACUGUAAUUUCUGUGGCUAUCCGUGAAUUGUUUGAAACUAACGAGGAAAACAAAAAUACACAUGUUGUAGUAGUUGGAAUUAUCAAACAGGUUGAAACACAAACUUUAAAGAAUAUGUUUACAAUUGAAGACAAUACUGGUCGCUUGUUGUGCAUUCAAUGGGGAGAUGAGAACGAAUUGUCAAGAUAUCCUAAGUUGAUUGAAAACGCAUAUUUUAAAGUAGUUGGUAGUAAAAGAAUUCAAAAUGAAAAAGUCACUUUGCUUUGUCAUAGUGUAAGGCCUUUAGAAACUCUAAAUGAAUUAACACAUCAUUUAUUAAGUAUUAUUGCGUUACCGUAUCUAACCGAGGAAAUCAAUAUGGCUAGCGGUACACAGCAGUCUAUUGCAACAAACCAAAAGGACUUUUUAAUCAGUGGUGAUAAUACUAAUGGAUUUAUGGACACAACUAACAAUUUAUCGCUGAACCCAAGGCAAUUAAAAGUUUAUACAGUUAUAAAGAGGUGCCAGGAUGAGGCAGGUUAUUCAGCAUCAGAUAUUCAAAAAAUACUUCCAGAGAAAAUGCCAUUACCAGAAAUAGAAAAAAUUCUUUCAUUUUUCAUUGAAGAGGGACAUAUUUUCUCAACCAUUGAUGAGAAUCAUUACAAAGUCACUGAUUUUGGAAGUUAACUGUUCAGUUUAUAGGUUAAUUUUAACAUUAUUUUAGAAAAUGGAAAAAGUUAAAAUUUAAG